AUGUGUGUUGGGGGUGGAGUAGCAGCGCUCGUAGUGGAGGGAUGGGUAGGCAUGCCAAGCUUGGAAUGCCUCUUGUAUUUGGGCUGUGAGUCACGCAGCACCAAAUCGGCCAAAUUUAUAGUGACAAAGGUAAUAGGCUUUCACAUCAAGACAUGUCAUCAGUUUGGAUGUGUGUGUGCCCUGUUGCACCAGCAGGAGGAAGCAGGAAUAAGCAAAAGGCUGCAUACCACUUUCACAGGCUUGCAUGCUCUGGCACUGAUAUGUUGCCCCACAUGUGUCCCCCACCCCACUGAGGGAGGCCUGCUGACUGUUGCUGCCGCAUGCGUGUCAGAUGUGCGCUCCACGCAUCAACCACCAGCCAGUGAUUGCAUCAUGCAGAAACCUCCCAAGUUGGGAAGUAAACUGAGGGCUGAUGCUUGGCGGAAUGGUGUGAUUUUUUUGGUCGAGGAAACGUGA